GUUUUCUAUUUGAAUUUGAAGUCAUGGGAGCACCGAAUUCUUGUCAGCUCUAUCUUGCUUCGCUUUUACUAUUUGUGUUGAUACACUCGUGUAAGAUCGCAGCACAGAAUGUAGCCGUGACAGCUAAGCCAGAUAUCAUUCUAAAAGGUCUGACUACAUCACUUGCUUUCAAUUGUACCUUUGAGGACGAAGCUGUGUCUAGUCUUGUUUCGCUGAAAGUCUCUCGCGCUCCAAACUCUGAAACCAUUGGUCAAGGCUACGAAGAACUAGCCUCGGUCAACUCAUUCUCCUCUUCAAAUCUGGUGAACACAAGCCGAGAAAAUUUGACAGUGUCAUCGAGUUUUGCAGCUUCCGGCUUAUCGUUUCUAAGUCUUGUCUGGCACAGUAGCGAUGACCUCAGGACAGGGACCUACAAGUGCGAAGCAGAUUUCCUUGACCUCACGGGUCACCCGAAACAAGUUUCAAACUCAGCUUACGUCUCGGGCGUCAGCCACGAGUCUCAAAUGUUAGUGGAUGAGAUCCUAAGUCUGAAAGAAGAGAACAAAGUCAGAGAAACUGAAGCUCUUUCUUACAAAGAACUUCUUUUGAGUUUCAUAGCUUCGUGGAACAUCAAGAAGAACCAGACCAGGGAUAUUAUCUUUACUCAAUCGCAAGAGUUUAACGGAUCUAUUUACUUACUUUCUAGGGCCAACGUAUUCGAUAAUACCGGAAUCGCCCAAGCAGUUUGCGAGAUUUACGAUAGCAAGCUGGCUGAAAUCGAAUCCAACGAAGAACUUGAGUUCGUCCAGAACUUCCUGAAGAACAAUACUGAUUUGUUCUAUUUCUAUUACAUAAUUAUCGGUGGCGUCAACAACGAGGGUGUCAAUGGAACUUGGGUUUCUCCUGACAGCGGCCUGCCCUUGGAUUACCUAAAUUGGGCUCCGGGGUACCCUAACAAAGACACUUAUGCCAAAUGUUUAGGACUUUGGAGCUAUGUUGACUGGAAGAUGGUGAAUGUUAACUGCUUUAAAGAAUCUCUGGACUGGCCAAAGAAAUUCAUAUGUGAACGUUCACUUAAAGAAUAUAUGUCUUUGAAAUAGGUCAAGGUUACGGUCUAUUUUUCCUUUGCCUAACAUAUUUUAUUAUGUUUAGUAAGGCACCUGGCUUGUCCUUAGUAAUCGAUAUUUAGAAUGUUUGUAUAAACUUACCCAUGAAGAGAACACAUUUUGUAAUCAUUA